AUGAAUUUAGCAAGGUAUAGCAAAGAGUAUAUUGAUGGCAUUGAAUCAUUUCUAGAUUUUGAUUACUCUUACGGAGAUCCUCAUGGAGAGAAAAUUCAGUGUCCAUGUGCGAAAUGUUGUAAUAUUCUUUGGAACCGAAGGAAUGUAGUGUAUGAUCAUCUAAUAUGCCAUGGAUUCGUUAAAGGCUAUACUAGAUGGAUCAAUCACGGGGAAUGGGAUAUCAAGUUGAAUGUUGAUGAUGAUAUGGAUUACUCGUGUGAUGAUAUUGAUGGGUUGUUGAAUGAUCAAUUUAGAGAUGUUGCACAGGCUGGAGGAGUUUAUGAUGGUCCAAAUGAAGAUGCCAAGAAAUUCUAUAGCUUACUUGAAGAGGCAAACCAAGAAUUAUAUUCUGGUUGUAUAGGUUUCUCUAAAUUAUCAUUCACACUUCGCUUAUAUUUGUUGAAGUGUUUACAUGGAUGGAGCAAUGAAUCAUUCACUUCUCUUCUAGAGUUAUUAAAAGAGGCGAUGCCCGAGUUGAACAUUCCUCAGUCUUACAAUAAAACCAAGUCUAUGGUUAAGAAUCUUGGUCUGGAUUAUGAUAAAAUUGAUGCAUGUCCAAAUGAUUGCAUGUUGUUCAGGAAUGAUCAUAAGGAUGACGAAUUUUGUCAUACUUGUGGAGCUUCACGAUAUAUUCAAGCUCCUAAAGUUGAUAGUGAGCUUGAGUCUUCAAAAAAACAACAUCGAGUUUCUGCAAAGACUUUGAGACACUUUCCAUUAAUUCCUAGACUCAAAAGGCUAUUUAUGUGCUCAAAGACGGCAGAUUCUUUGAGGUGGCAUGAAGAGGAACGUUCUAAAGAUGGAAAGUUAAGGCAUCCCGCUGAUGGUCUAGCAUGGAAAGACUUUGAUAGGGUGCAUCCAGAUUUCGCACAAGAUUGUCGCAAUGUGAGACUUGGCUUGUCAAGUGAUGGAUUCAAUCCAUUUCGAACCAUGAACGAGUUAAAAUUAUUAUGGGAUUCUGGGGUUGAAACAUAUGAUGCUUCCAGAAAUGAAACUUUUCAAAUGCGGGCAGCUCUUAUGUGGACAAUCAGUGAUUUUCCUGCAUAUGCUAUGUUAUCUGGUUGGAGUACAAAAGGAAAGUUUGCUUGCCCUUGUUGUAACUAUGGCACUAAUUCUCGCUAUCUUAAACAUAGUCGGAAAAUGUGCUAUAUGGAUCAUCGUGUUUUUCUACCGAUGGAUCAUCCAUGGAGAUCAAACAAAAGAUCAUUCAAUGGAAAAACUGAAUUUAGGCCUCCUCCAGCUCCUUUAAAGGGAAUUGAUGUUCUUAAUAGCUUACGUGAUUUUGAAAAUGUGUUUGGGAAGAAGAAAAAGAGAUCAAAUGAUGGCCCAUGGAAAAAAAGGUCAAUUUUUUUUGAAUUACCUUACUGGCAGCACAACUUGUUACGUCACAACCUUGAUGUAAUGCACAUAGAGAAGAACAUAGUUGAUAGCAUACUUGGAACUCUUUUGGAUAUUUCAGGAAAAACAAAGGAUCAUGCAAAAGCACGGUAUGAUUUGAAAGAUAUGGGAAUCAGGAAGAACCUUCAUCCACAAGAUACAGAAGAUAGUAAGAGAACAAAGUUUACAAAGGCGUGCUUCUCAAUGACAAAUGGAGAGAAAUCCAUCUUUUGUGGAGUUUUAAAGACAGCCAAGCUACCUGAUGGUAGUGCCUCCAAUAUAUCUAGGUGUGUGCACUUGGAUGAAAGAAAGGUGUCUAAUUAUAAAACCCAUGAAGCUCAUUUCAUGUUACAUUACUUUCUUCCAAUACCAAUUAAAAGCAUUCUUCCUGAUCAUGUGGCUAUUCCUUUGAUUCAUCUAAGUUCCUUCUUCCAUCGUUUGUGCCAAAAAGUAAUCACAAUUGAGGAACUGGAUUGCUUAGAAGUAGAGAUCAUAGAAACAGUAAAUCAGUUGGAGCGAAUGUUUCCUCCUUCAUUUUUUGAUAUCAUGAUUCAUUUGCCUAUUCAUUUGGUGAAUGAAGUGAGAUUAGGCGGCCCAGUGCAAAAUCGAUGGAUGUAUUCCACUGAAAGAGAAAUGGGUACAUUAAAAUCAUACAUUCGCAAUAGGCGUUUUCAGGAAGAUUUAAUAGGAGAGCGCGAAACAAUGAUGAAUGUGACCCAAGUGACGCAGAACCUAGAGCAUGAGCAAGAGGUUAAUAAUCAGUCACGAAGAUCUAAAUGGAGUAAAGCUAAGAAUCAUUGUCAAAACUUCUCUCAAUGGUUUGAAACUCGUGCUUUGCAAGAGGAUGUGCCUGAUUUGAUAAAACAAUUGUCUAGAGGACCAAAUUCUGUUGCAAAAAGAUAUUCUGGGUAUCUCAUAAAUGGAUAUAGAUUCCAUGUUAGGCAGCGUGAUGCAAGGCGUAAAACACAAAAUAGUGGUGUUACACUAAUUGCCUCAACUACAAGCUUUGCAAGCUCAAAGGAUAAAAAUCCGAUUGCUGCAGAUUUGACUUUUUAUGGUAGAAUAGUUGAUAUUGUUAAAUUAAACUAUUACAGCCAUUUUAAGGUUGUUUUAUUUAAGUGUGAUUGGUAUGAGGUUGAAAAAGAUUUUUAUGGCCUUACUUAUGUCUAUUUUAACAAGAGAUGCUCUGAGGAAGAGCCUUUUGUGCUUGCAUCUCAAGUACACCAAUGCUUCUAUGUGCAAGAUCCAUAUGAUCAAGAUAAACGUUAUGUUGUAAAGACUGUUCCAAGAGACUUUUUUAACAUGGGUGAUGAAGUUGAAUCUAAUCUCCCACAAAGUUAUGAAAAUGAGCCAUCUGAACAUUCGAAGGGUCCAUCUAUACCAAAAGAUAAUGGUAAAGUACUCUUAACAAGGACUGAUUUACCAGAAACAAUCAUUGAUGUGCCUGUGGAAGAAUUUGUCAAUCAAAAACUUGAAGUCGAGUAUGAAGAGGAGUUUGAAGAUGAAUUCAAAGAUGAGUCUGAAAAUGAGUAUGAAGAUAAGUUUUCAGAUGCGUUUGAAGACGAGUCUGAAAAUGAGUAUGAAGAUGAGUCUUAUGAUGAAGUCGAAUCUGAAGAAGAGUCUGAAUAA